AUAUAUACAGAACCAAAUAAAUAAAUGGGUUAUUAUGUGAAUAAUAAUUUCUUAGUGCCGCUUAGGGUUUUGCUGAUUGUGACGACCGCGGCCCUCCUCCUGGCUUCCCCGUGGGCCGCUGCCACAAGUUCUAAUUCCGCCACCAUCCGUCCAUCUGCGGCGGUAUAUGUUCGCGGUGGUGAUCAUGGCUGCGGAGGUUUUUUCUCUCGUAAGUUAAGGUCCGGGAGAUUUAAUGAGCCCGACCGCGGCGGAUUUAAUGAGCCCAACCCGGCCAAGGGUGGCUAGACUUAAUCAUAUUCAUCUCUACUCUACUAUUCGGAUGGUUCUUCUUUUUGGAUGCCUGUAGUAAGGCAGGCUUGCACGUUAAUAUAUGUUCACUAGCGGCCAACUAAAUUUGCCUGUGUAAGUUAAUUAUCAUUCCUUAUUUUCAACCAAAUUUUAUGAAAUAAUAGAAGAGGGAGAAGAGAAUUUGGGAACAGAAUCCACCGUAAGUCCGGGGAAUCGAGGUAUUUUCGUGCUACGCGGUACCUGACAUUAAGCGGGGCUAACACCCUAAGAGCAUCUCCAUCAA